UCUGGCGACAUCUAUAGAACUUCAUGUCAACAAAGACCAGGUGUUUGGAGUUCUUUGACAGGAAUCGGAGGAGCAAAUUAAGUUUAUAUCAAGAAGCGUCUUCAGACAUGAGUGCAAUAUCGCCAGGCUAUUCCCAGCCUGUCCCCCUCCAGCCGUACCAUGAUGGAGAAGAGAUGGACGAGAGGAGACUGUGGGUGGGCAACCUUGACCCCAGGAUCACAGAGUUUACCUUGCUAAAGCUGUUGCAGAAAUAUGGGCGGUUGAAUAAAUUAGACUUUCUCUACCACAAGACAGGCCCAGACCAAGGCAAGCCUAGAGGAUACUGCUUUGUCACUUACCAAACUAUAGAUGAGGCCAAAUUUGCAACCAAGUCAUUGAAUGGGAAGUUUGCUCUGUCCAAGAAACUGGUAGUACGGGUGGCUAAUACAGACAAAAAGGAUGAUCCAGUGAAUGAGAAGUUAGGAGUGAAGAUCAACAAACAGUCUGAUGAUGGAAUCAGCAAAGAGACCAAGAUUCGUGCCAUAGAAGCUAAACUUAAAGUUAUGGAGCAAAACCCAGAUCUACCGUUAGAUUUUAGUGUACCUUCUUCUUCUUCUGGCACGCAACAAAACUCUCAUAAACAGGGUUCGAAGUUGCUGCAAAACUCACAAACUAAGUCUCAUUGUGGAAAGACUAAUAGUCCCUACGGGAGAGGGUACCCUAGAUGAUGUUGGUGUGGCACUUGGUGAAAAAAUGCAUUCCAGGAUACAGCAAUUUUGACUGAUGUAUGUAUGUAAAAAUGUUGUGAUUGUACACUUAAUGAGAAAAGUUGAGUGGAUAAGAAUCAAAAUCCACAGAGGAUGGAUCAACAAAGAUAAUUUGGAAGACUGUCAGCAAAUAGCUCUGGAUCCACCCCUGCCGGUAGAUUUUAAGACGGUUCAAGUUAAGCAUGUAAGACUUUGUUUUUGGUAGUUUUUGGUGAUGAAAAUUACUUUGGAACAAAGUUUCUAUAAAAGUUAUGUAUUAUUCUUAUCACAAAGCAAUUCAGAAAUUUUGUUCCAAAGCGAUUUUCACCAGUAAACUUAUCAAAAUUAGGGAUCUUAGAAACAGGAAAGAGUAAGUAGGGAAAAGAAAUUCUGUAUGUAGUCUGCUGUCAUGAAAGUUGGUACCAAGUGUCAAGUAAUUGUCUCCAUAGAAAAAUUUUAGUUACAUGUUUGUAUUUUAACCUUAAAUUAAAUAUGAAAGGUUGUUGAAAAUGUAAUGUAAUUUUUAUUGCAUAACUGUAAAUAAUUCUUUAAAACAUAUUGAAUAAAAAUUUGCUCUUUGUGUUGGUAACUUGACAUUUUUAACUAUCUACUAAGCGUAUGUAGAUCAAUAUUUUGAAACAAAAGGCAUCAUGGUUGAAUAGUAAUGUGGUUUAUUUCAUAUUAUAGUGGACCAUUUUCUCCCUUUUCCCAUUACAUGGGAUUCCACAUACAAAUAAUCCAUGUCAAACAUUCACUUUCUUUGAAUGUGAAUGAUAAAAAGUAACCAACAAAAGUUGUUAAAUUUUUCAAUAAGAUUUGCAUAACAGAAUUAAGAUGGAAAAGUGACAAUUCCACAAGCAGCAAUGUAGUUUACAUGCAUCACAGAUACAUUCAGCAGUGCUUUAAAAGUGAAGUCUGACUCGGAGGUAAAAACUUUUUUUUAA